UCUCUCUUUUUUCACUCUCCUAGCGCGAUCGCCCUCUCAUCCAUCUCCGCAUCAGCUAUGGUUUCCCCUACCAAACUCAAAUCCAUGGACUUCUACAGGAAAAUUCCGAGGGAUUUGACAGAGGCAUCUCUGUCAGGUGCUGGCUUAUCCAUUGGAGCUGCUCUCAUUAUGAUGCUUUUGUUCGGAAUGGAGCUGAGUAGUUAUUUGGCAGUCAACACUACCACAAGUGUCGUCGUUGACAAGAGCGCUGAUGGUGACUUCUUACGCAUUCAUUUCAACAUCAGUUUCCCUGCCCUGUCAUGUGAAUUUGCAUCAGUUGAUGUGAGUGACGUGUUGGGAACAAAUAGGUUGAAUAUAACUAAGACAAUUCGCAAGUUUCCAAUUGAUCCACAUUUAAAGACCACUGGUCCAGAGUUCCACUCUGGCCAUGCAUCACAUCAGAUCAACCACGGAGAAGAAACUAAGGAAGAGAUUCCUGAUGGUGCCGUACCACUUGUCAGUGGUAGUUUUGAUUCAUUUUCAAAACACUUUCCGUUAUUGAUUGUUAACUUUAAUGCACCAUGGUGCUACUGGAGUAACCGUCUGAAACCGUCUUGGGAGAAAGCAGCUUCUAUUAUAUACCACAAAUAUAAUCCUGAAACUGAUGGGCGUGUUCUUCUCGGAAAUGUUGAUUGCACAGAAGAAGCUGAGCUGUGUAAGAGGAAUCAUAUACAAGGCUAUCCGUCUAUUCGGAUUUUCCGCAAAGGCAGUGACCUCAAAGAGGACCAUGGACACCACGACCAUGAAGCUUACUAUGGAGACCGAGACACAGAUAGUAUAGUUAAGAUGGUGGAUAAACUGGUAGAACCUAUCCACCCCGAGACUCACAAGCUAGAUUUGGAUGGUAUAUCCAAUGAGACAUUAAAACAUCUUAUAAAGGCACCAGUUACAGGUGGUUGUAGAAUUGAAGGUUAUGUGCGUGUGAAGAAGGUUCCAGGAAACCUUAUGGUCUCAGCUCAUUCAGGAGCUCAUUCGUUCGAUUCUUCUAAAAUGAACAUGUCGCAUGUUGUUAACCAUCUUUCAUUCGGGAGGUCGUUUUCUCCAAGGUUGUUGACCGAUAUGAAGCGGUUGUUGCCAUAUAUUGGCCAAAGCCAUGACAAGCUUGAUGAAAAAGCAUUCAUAAAUCAACACGAGUUUGGUGCCAAUGUUACUAUCGAACACUACCUUCAAGUAGUCAAAACAGAGGUCAUUACAAGAAGAAACGGUCAAGAACAUUCAUUGGUUGAGGAAUAUGAAUACACCGCUCACAGCAGCAUAGCUCAGACUUACUACUUACCCGUUGCAAAGUUCCACUUUGAGCUCUCUCCCAUGCAGAUUAUGAUAACUGAAAACCCAAAGUCUUUCUCACACUUCAUCACAAACCUUUGCGCCAUUAUUGGUGGUGUUUUCACGGUUGCGGGUAUACUAGAUUCCAUUUUCCACAAUACAAUAAGACUGGUUAAAAAGGUUGAGCUGGGGAAAAACUUUUGAUUGGUGACUGGAGGUUAGAGUUUACUAUUAUUCUAUAACAACACCAUACAAGAACCUCAGACUGUUUAUUUGGAACAGCUGUUCCUACAGAGAAAAACUCAGAUAAGAGAAAGAAAUUUUGUUUUGACAGUAUCUUAGUUGCUUUAUGUUUGUUUUGGAAAUAAUACAGACAAGUGGAACGUUUAUUUAUUUACAUGAGAAACAAAUUUGUAUAAAUCAAGUUACAAACACCAAUAGACACAAACUCAAGCGAUGACAGAAGGCAAAAGAGAAACUUGUUAGUGUAGGAAUAGAGUGGAAGCAAAGGCAGCUCCGAGAAGAGCAGCGAGGAAGGAAGAAGAUGGAGAAGCUGCAUUGUUGUUUGGAGUUUCUUGAGAUGGAGUAGGUGCUGGGCUCUCAAAGGGUCCUGUCAUUGGCGGUGGAGAAGGAGGGGACUCUGCAGAGGGAGCCAGCUCUGGAGAAGGUGCUAAUGAUGAGGGAGCCGGAGCUGGAGAAGGCGGUGAUGAUGUUGUGCUGUUGUUGUUACCGUUUCUGUCAGCCAUGACGAUGACCACUAGCUUCUCGUUUUUGUUGCAGUUGUCUUUGUUUCCGCUGAUGAAAUAGUAUGGUCCAGAGUGGGUUAGCGCGAAAGAAGUUUUGCCAUCUGAGAAUUUAGC